AUGCAUGAAACAAACUUGUUAUACCUACAAAUUCAACCUGAUUUUAAAGAUUGUAUAGAAGAUGUAGCAGCAGGUAAGUUGAGCAAAGAGCACUUUUAUAUCAACGUACAAUCAGAUCCAUAUACUCUACAAGAUGAACAAAAUAUUCAAAUUUUUAAAAAUAAAGCCGAUGAAUUGACCUUUUCAAAAAACUUCCAAAAACUUUCAGAGAACCAUUACUCUUUCGCUCUUGCUAACAACCCAUCUGUGAAUAAUGACGAGUGGCGAGUUCAAUUUAUAACUUCUAAAAAAUCUAACAAAGAUACUCAAGGAUUGGAAAAAGAUUACACCUCACUGGCUAUUUCACACGAAAGAAAUUCAUUUGUUGUAUUAGGUGACUCAUUGGGUAAUAUUUCAGUUUUGAACAAUGGAAUUUCUGAAAAAAUUAAAACGUUUGAUGGUGCACACGAAGAAGAAAUAACCUGUUUAAAAGUUUUCCCCAGCAAUAAGGUUUUACUUUCCGGCUCCAUGGAUAUGAAAAUAAAAAUUUGGUCUUUGGAUGAUGGUGGUAACCCAAGAACGUUUACUGGCCAUAGACAAACUAUUACAGAGUUAAGUUUAAUUGAACGGGGCCGUAAUUUUAUUAGCUGUUCAAAAGAUGGAACCAUUAAGUUAUGGGAAUGUGGUAGUGGGAAAUGCUUACAUACUUUUAGUAGAAAAGAAAAUAAAUACGAUGGUAUACAAUGCAUGGCACUUUUAUCUGGACAAAAUGAAGAGACUACACAAACAGCAAAUGAAUUAGAAUUUGGUACUGAGGGCAAAAAGGUAGUAGCGGGCCACUGUUCUGGUGUUAUAACUUGUCAUGAUCUCUAUACAAAAAGACAAAUCUUCCAAAUACCAUCUUUAUUUACAUCACCAUGUACGGCAAUUACAAAUUUUUCGCAAAACUUCAUAGUUAGUGGUUAUGAAAAUGGCACCAUAGCCCUUUGGAAUUUGAACAGCUUGGAAAGACCUGUCAAAGUAUUUUCGUUCCAAAAGGGUACACCUAUUAAUAAAUUGGUCACUUAUAAUUCAAAAACAGUUUUUGUAUCUUCUGGGAUUGAUGCUAACAUUGUAUUUGAUAUAACUGGAAAAGAUGGUGAUUAUCACGUUGAGUAUCUAGUUUGUGAGGAUAAAACUAUUAAAAGUUUUGAGAUAAAUCAAAUAUCCGGGGAUUUAUACGUGGCUGGUUCUCAAGGUUUAUGUUCUGUCUAUAGUAUUUGA